UAUUUCCUGUUCCUUUAAGGGCUGGAUUUAUACAAAUAAUAAUGAAAGUGAAAGUUUCAGACGUUCCCUGUAAAAUGGAGCUUCUGAGAUUUCUGCUGCUCGUUCUACAGACAUGUGAAGCACUGAGGUUAUUGGUUCCAAACCCCCAAAGCGCCCUCGUCGGAUCAAACGCUGUCAUUACGUGUGAGUUCCAGGUGGGAGAGCCACGCGUGGACCCCGGCUGUCUCUCCGUUACGUGGCACUUCGAAAAGCACCUAAUCCUGAACUUUACGGGCAAAGAGAGGACCUCUAAUCCCAGGUAUUCAGUGGAUUCCGAAGGAACAAAACAAGGAGUCGCUUCGUUGUUUCUCCGGAAAGUAACGUUUGACGAUAAAGGAAUCUAUAAAUGCUCCGUUAUCUACUGCGCCGAAGAGCAAGGAAUGGAAGUCCACUUCUAUGUCCAAGCUCUGCCACUUCUAGCCGUAACUAAGAACACCGUGGUGAGGAACGUGGAGAGUUUGCUGCGCUGCUCAGCAUCAGGUUUUCGCCCCAUAAACAUUGAGUUUAUGUGGCACAUGGAUGGAGAGGAGAUAUGGGACACCAUCUUGCACAAACCAAAGCUAACAUCUAACGGCACCUACACGGUGAACAGCGAGGCGAAGAUCAAGCCGACCGAAGACUACCAAAACCGGACCUUCUCCUGCCAAGCCAAACUCAAGUCGCAUCCGUUGCGCAUUCAGAAAAACUUCACUAUUCUCUUCGGAGAAUCCCCGUCUCUUCAGUUGGUCGUUGAUACGUUUCAAGAGGGCAGAGAGCAGAAUUUAUUGUGCAGAGUCUGGGGUUUCCAGCCAAAGCCCGUCUCCGUGAACUGGCUUCUGAAUGGAACCCGUCUGGAUCCGGCCAAAGCCAAGUUGCAGACUAUCAACGACUCCUUUAUAGAGUGCCAUUACCCAUUUACAGCAACGCCGGAUCAAGAAGGAAUGGAGAUCUCCUGCCAGGUGGAGCAUUGUACACUUGCAGAGCCCCUUCAGAACACCACGCGGAUCCAUUUAAAAGAAGCCAACCCCGCUCCCUGGAUAAACACGAUACCGGGAAUUAUUUUGAUUGUUUUUAUUGUUUUGAUUGUUUUGGUAGCAAGUUUUGGAGGUUCUUGGUUAUUUAAACCCUGGCAAACCGACUUCAAAGUCAAUCAUAUAGUUGGACCGGAGAAGAUUGUACAUGGGGCUGAAGUAAGACUGGAAUGCAUUGCAUCCUACGGUGAAAAUAACCUCGAAGUCCAAUGGCUGGAGGUCAAGGACAACACAGAACGUGACAUCGCGCAUUUCCUAUCUCGGAAUGGGCAAAGAGCAGCCCAGACCCCACCAAGCCAUGUAGCACAAGAUGAGGAGAGACUCGAGCUAAUGCUGUCAGACGGUGAAUACACAGGAGACAUAUCGAUAGUAAAUGAUCAUGGAAGGCUCCUUCACAAAAGCUUUUUGUCUUUCACUGCGGAUAUCAGCUAUCACACAGGGGUGACUUAUAUCUGCACAGCCACCAGCCGCAGAACAAGAAAGGAGGAAAGAUAUACCUGCGCAGAAGUUUUAGUAAAACCGAACCCCUCAAAGGACGCGCCACAAAUUACCGAAUCGGGUGAAGUGCAGUUCUCUUUGCAUCUCCAAGAUUUUUUCCCGGAAAACAUGUCUAUUGAAUGGAGAGGAAGAACCAAACAGCUUACGUCUCAAUUCAGGAUCACCAACAAAAUCGUGCCAAACUCUGAUGGUACUUAUAACAUGCUAAGCGUUUGUUACAUCCCCAAACGUCACGCGGAAGACCCUCUCUUUGCGGUGACCGUCGCCUGGAAACACAAAUCCAUGGAGAAUGCUGAAGAAUGGCGUAUAACCCAAGCAGAUCUUCCUUGGCGUCCUCUGAUGGAAAGGAUAAACGUUCCCCGUGUACUGCUCGAUGAAGAAGUAAGGACUCAGUGCGUAAUAUCCAAUUACUUCCCAAAUAACCUGGACAUCCGGUGGUACAAACAGAAGCCCGGAAGUCUUCGGGAACUGCUGGCCCGGGGUACCGAGGGAAAGUACCGAAUUAAUGACGAGGAACACGCUCAGGAGAAUAAAGCAUUUACCCUCAACACUUCCUUGAGUUUCACUCCUUCCCUGGACGAUGACCAAGGGGCAGAAUUUAUUUGCCAAGCGCAACAUCCCAGCUUAGAGCACCCAUUAGAAUCCAGUACGGGAGGACUCGUCGUCAUGGGGCGCCCGGAGCCGGAGUCUAUACUGUUUAUUGAUGAUGAAUCGUUCCGGCUGACGGUGGAUAAAUACUUCCCGAAAGAGAUCUGUAUCGAGUGGCAGCUGGAGGAUCCCACGGUCGGCACGUUCACAAAACUUUGUUCAGACAUUUCCACUUCAAAUAACCCAAACGGCUCGUUUAAAACCGUCAGCACGUGCCGGCCCCCCGUCGACUUGAUCCAAACCAACCGCACAUGCGUGAUGUGGGCGGAAAUAUCCCAUCAGGCACAGGAUCCUAAUCCAAUUAAAAUGUCACGGCCAAUCGAGAGGAAGCUACAGCUGGAAGAAAUAGCUACGGACAAAAAUGAUGGCGCCGAGAACGGGGAGGAAAAAAGUGGCCCUAAACAAGAAACCAAACUAAGCUAACAGGAGGCUGAUCCACCGAUUUACCACCCGUUCCUGUACUACUAUGUGCUAUGCCUGUCGGUGCAGGAAGAUUGCGCGGUUGUUUUUGGUUUUGCUUUUGCCUUUAGAUGCCUUUGAUUUUUAUUUUACCGAGAGGGUAGUAGAUAAGUGGAACAACCACCCAGCAGAAGUGGUAGAGGGUAAUACAGUGAGGGUAUUAAACAUGCACGGAAUAGACAUACGGCUCCUGAAUCUAAGACGAGCAAUGACUGAUUAAGGCUGACCAGAUGGGCUGAAUUGGGUCUGUCUAUAGAAAAAUGUCAAUGUAACCUGAAAUGAGCGGGAUUCAGUAUUAGCGUCCUUGGCUCGUUCCACAUGCCCAUAAAUUGGUUUUAUCUCACUCUCUCUCUCUAUCACCCCCUUUCACACUCUCCCAAUGUCCUUAUAACCCGUUAUAUCCCUGUAUAUUCCUCAUAUUAUAUAUUAUAUACUCUCCGGCCAGUUUUUAAGGGCAUCUAUUGGAUAUGAUAGCGCAGUGUCUGUUGGGAGGGGGAAGCCAAGCCAGGUUAAACCUGAACUCAGCUGGCCUCUGAAAUACUGCACUGCAGUAAAUCCGGCGUUCCUACAGCUGAUGUCGCCUUUCCCAGCCUGAUUUUGGAAAGUAAGGGCCGGUACAGGCCCGAGCGGACGCCCGACUCACAGAAUGUCCCAAAUAAAGAUGCAUUUUGCUUUUUUUGGGAGAAGGCAGCCUUGCGGGACUGCGCGGGAUUCCCGGGACCCGCAGAUACAACGCCUGACUGCCCGCUCCUGUCUGCAACCCCAGCAAGACCGCCUGCCAAAGUUUUUUGGCGGGACCCGCAUCCCAAUGCAGUCUUCUACCUUGUGGUUGUGGCAACAACAUGAGAUUUCUGAGGGAAAAGCAAGCUUGUCUGGCUUGUCUGGUGUCUGUAGAUGAGUGUUUAAUAAUACUUUUACUAUAUAUAUUCAUAUAACAUUGCAGCUGGGUUGUCAUGGAUACUGACCUUUCCUUCCAGCACCAGGUCACUUGUCUCCUGUGAGCCAAUCAGUAUCUCUUUGGGACAUAUGUCAGUCUUCCUGAACUAGGGAAAGGUUUCUCAGCCUAUCAGAGGAGAGGAUCUAGGAAGAAACUUCUGGAAGAGCAGAGCUAAGCAGGGGAGUGAAGAAGGAAGAGAGACAGACUGCCCUCCCUGUAAGCAGGCCUGAGGUAAACCUGCUGCUGAAGUGGAAGUGUGGAGAGAAUACAGCAUGGUGCCCUACGCUUCCUGAGUGAGUGUGAGAGACUGCAAGUACCCAGAGCGUCCGAGUCCUGCAUCCUGUACCAGUGAGGUGAAAGCAGAGCUGCAGACAGACAUCUGUGUGGGAAGACAGUUAUAACUCUUAGCCAAGAGGUUAAAGAGGCAGCAUCCCAGAGCUGCCUGAAGACAUUAAGGAGAGGCACUUCACUAACAUAUAUCAACAUAUAUAGAUCCUUGUCUGCCCGGGUAGCGCUACCUGCAUCAAGGCCCCCAACAGUGCACCAACACAGGGACAUCUGGGUGGGAAGAACACCUACAUUUGGCAGUUAUCUGUGUUAUAUAUUCUCAGGACUGUGCACCCACUGCUAGAACUGAACUGCAUAGGCACAGCAGCUGGGUCCUUAUAUUAUAAAACCUGUUUAUUUCAGUAUAUUCUAUAAUUAAUUUGCAUUUCAGUUGUGUGUUAUUUUCUUGUGUGAAGGGGGGCCAUUUCUCAGUGGGUGGGUUCCCCUAUUCAACAUAGUACAAACCACUGAGCGGAGGCACUGUGUAAAGAAAGAAGAUGUCCCGAUCUCCCAGCAACUGCGGAGGCUCAGGUUUCCUGUCAGCAGCGUCACUGAAAUAUGUAACUACCAGCCUGACAGCGGAGCAAGGUAAAAAAAAGGGUUACAUAUAUAUAUAUAUAUAAUGUUAUGGCUGAUCGCUGGAUGGCCUGUGUGGCAUCGUGUUGGGGUAACCAUGGUUCCUGUAGGCAAUAUGCCCCCCUAACCCUUUGAAUUUACCCAUUUCUACUAAGCCCUGGAAAUCUACAUUUACCCCAAGAUGAAUAUAAAAUCAGCCCCUAGUUUAAAUUCUGCUUGUACGCACAUUCAAUACCCUCCUGCUGUCCCGAUUUGUGCCUGACAGUCUCAACUUUGCCACUCUAUCCAGCUGUCCCGCCGAGUGCGGAGGUAGAAAACUGGUGCGGAGGAAGAGCUCGGCGGGACAGCUGGAUAGAGUGGCAAAGUUGAGACUGUCAGGCACAAAUCGGGACAGCUGGAGGGUAUUGAAUGUGCGUACAAGCAGAAUGUAAACUAGGGGCUGAUUUUAUAUUCAUCUUGGGGUAAAUGUAGAUUUCCAGGGCUUGGUAGAAAUGGGUAAAUUUGAGGGGGCAAUCCUGCAAACCCUUGAUUUCAUUCUCCGGGGCCUAGGAUACCGCGCAUGUGCAGCGCUGCCAGUGACGCUCCCGGUACCUGUAAACAGGAAUUUUAACGUCUGGAUAAAAAAAAAAAACGCGCAUGUGAAUUACGUAGAGUUUUAAUGAGACAAAUUUGCAGUAAGCAAUACAGUCAUUAUAUGAUAUUAUCUGGAAUAUUAAAGCGAUUUGUGUACGCACAGUGUAUUUUUAUAUAUUUCUAUAUUUUCAUUAAAAAAAAAAAACCA